CCUCACCUUAGCUCAAACUCUAUCGUACAGAAUGACGCAUGUCAGCUCCUCCACACACUGCUUAUCCUGGCUUGCCUUGCUAAUUCUCGGUGGUGCUGCCUUCCCUGCUCACAAGGCCACAACUCGCUCUUCCUCGUCACAACUUUGAACUAAUCGCGCGCCCCGUACGCGCUUUCCCCUUUCCCCGGCGAAAAUAUGGAGAGCGGAGUAGCGAGCUACGCUCCCCGCAAUCUGUUGCAUCGCCCGCGCUCUGCUGCGCCGCCUUAUGUUCCUUCAUCAUCAUCGAAAUCACUUAGAAAUGGGUGCCCGAAACCGAGCUCGAUCUUUGGCCAGUCAUUGAGGGCGGCGAGUCGUCCAAGGACCUUGCCAAGGAGUUCCAGGGCAGCAGGAUACUCAUCAGGAACCACCAAGUGUGAGAUUGGGGAUAGCCUGGAGGAGUUCUUGACGAAGGCAACCCCUGACAAGAACCUCAUAAGGUUGCUAGUGUGCAUGGGGGAAGCCCUGAGAACCAUCUCCUUCAAGGUCAGGACAGCAUCAUGCGGAGGAACAGCGUGUGUCAACUCCUUCGGCGAUGAACAGCUUGCAGUGGAUAUGCUUGCUGACAAGCUCCUUUUCGAGGCAUUGCAGUACUCCCACUUCUGCAAGUAUGCAUGCUCUGAGGAAGUCCCUGAGCUACAAGACAUGGGCGGACCAGUGGAAGGCGGAUUCAGUGUGGCCUUUGAUCCCCUUGAUGGUUCUAGUAUCGUCGACACAAAUUUCACGGUGGGUACCAUUUUUGGAGUUUGGCCUGGUGAUAAACUGACUGGUGUGACCGGAAGGGACCAGGUUGCUGCUGCAAUGGGAAUAUAUGGACCUCGGACAACUUAUGUUCUCGCUCUUAAAGACAUUCCAGGAACUCACGAAUUCCUUCUACUGGAUGAAGGCAAGUGGCAACAUGUCAAAGACACAACAUCCAUUGGUGAAGGAAAGAUGUUCUCUCCGGGAAAUCUAAGGGCUACUUUCGAUAACCCUGACUAUGACAAGCUGAUCAACUACUAUGUGAAAGAGAAAUACACAUUGCGUUACACUGGAGGAAUGGUGCCUGAUGUCAACCAGAUCAUAGUAAAAGAAAAGGGAAUAUUUACCAACGUAACAUCCCCAAGUACUAAAGCUAAACUUAGACUGUUAUUUGAAGUGGCUCCCCUGGGAUUCCUAAUUGAAAAGGCUGGAGGGUACAGCAGCGAUGGCAAACAAUCGGUACUAGACAAGGUAAUAAGUGGCCUUGAUGAGAGGACUCAGGUCGCUUACGGGUCCAAGAACGAAAUCAUCAGAUUUGAGGAGACUUUGUAUGGAUCCUCAAGACUUAAGGCUGGCGCACCUGUUGGUGCUGCCGCCUGAGAAAAACUGAGCCUCUCACCAGCAUCAAGCUUUCAAUCUGGCAUCAUAAUAUAGUGCAAAACAUUCGUCUUUGAUUUCAAAUGUGUUUAAUUCUAUCUAAAAUUUGAACCAACGAGGCGAGAGGUGUCAUCUAUCUAGUUCUCUCUGUUCGAGUCAUUCUCUUCUUUGUUGUGCAAUUUCUACUAUAUGUAUCUUCAGAUUUCUUUGGCAGUAAGAGCAUGGAAGUUUGUUCUUUAGCUACCAUGUUCAUCAUGAAAAAGAAGAAGAAGAAGAAGAAGAUGAUGAUGA